AAGUGAAAGCCUACUUCUUUCUCUUUUCAAUCCUUGUUAACUUGCUUUUUUCAUCUUAUCACACAUCAUUCAAAAAGACAACAAUAUCACUUAAGUUUCUUCAAAACAAUUAUAUUCUUCUGUCUUUGUUUUUUUAACCAUUCAAAUUAACCUUUUGUUACAAAAAUUUCAUAGUUAUUACUAUGUUUCAAAGAAACCCUUGUUCAUACACAAACCCAGAACCUUGUCAGCAUCUUUCUGAUUACAAGCUCAAACAUGGUUUCAAUGGCUACAAAGCUAUUCAAAAACUACUUGUUACUUCUCCAAUUGGGAAAACUAGUUUGAAAAAACCUAAUUUGACAAUACCUAGAUGCAGUUUUUGUAAUGGGUGUGAAAAAAGGUGUUUUUUUUGUUUGAUUUGUUCUUCAUUCUCUUGUUUGGAUCAUACCCUUUUGCAUGCACAAAAUGAAAUUGGUCAUGCUUUGUUUGUGGAUGUUGAAAGGGCUGAACUUUUUUGUGGGUUGUGUUGUGAUCAAUUGUAUGAUCCUGAUUUUGAUCAAGUUGUGAUGGCUAAACAUUCAAUGGUUUUGCCACAAGGUGCUAUUGGAAAUGAGAGUAUUGGUCAGAGAUUGAUCAAGAGAAGGAGAUUGGUUUCUGGGGUUGGAUUGUAUUUGCAUAAUAAAUCUAAUAAGUUUAGGUUUUCAACCGAAGAUCUUAGGGGUAAAUCUUGUUAUCCUUUGGGAUUGAGGGGUUUGAACAAUUUGGGUAGUACUUGUUUUAUGAAUUCUGUGUUGCAAGCAUUGCUACAUGCACCUCCUUUUAGGGACUAUUUCUUGAGUGGUGGACAUAGUUUGGAAGAUUGUUCGAGACGAACUACGGGUCAGCUGUGUUUGCUUUGUGAUAUCAAUGCUGUUUUUUCGGCUGUGUAUUCGGGUGAUCGAAAUCCGUAUAGUCCUGCUCAGUUUCUCUACAGCUGGUGGCAGCAUUCGGCUAAUUUAGCGAGUUACGAGCAGCAGGAUGCUCACGAGUUUUUCAUUUCAUUGUUAGACGCAAUCCAUGAAAAAGAGGGCAAACCAAGGAACGGAAACAAAGGUAAUGGAGAGUGUCACUGCAUUGCUCAUAGAGUGUUCUAUGGACUACUGAGAUCAGACGUUACCUGUAUAGCUUGUGGAUUCACCUCAACAACCUAUGACCCUUUUUUGGACAUUUCACUUAACCUAGACAUCAAUAUCUCUUUGACAGAAAAGGGUAAAAAACAUGCCAAACCGAACGAGAACGAAAGCAUGUCCACACUUUUGGGUUGUUUGGAUUUGUUCACUCGGCCGGAGAAAUUGGGGCCGGACCAGAAACUUUACUGCCAAAAUUGUAAGGAAAAGCAGAACUCAUUGAAACAAAUGUCUAUUAGAAAGCUCCCUUUGGUACUUACUUUGCACGUAAAACGUUUUGAGCAUUCUUUUGUGAAGAAGUUGUCAAGAAAGAUUGAUCGAUACCUACAAUUUCCAUUCUCCUUGGACAUGACUCCAUAUUUGUCCUCCUCUAUCCUUAGAGCCAGAUAUGGAAAUAGGAUGUUUGCUUUUGAAGGCGACGAUGAAUCAGAUAUGUUUUCCAAGUUCGAGAUUUUUGCAGUGGUGACACAUUCAGGAACGCUCGAGUCUGGCCAUUAUGUUUUGUUUGUACGAUUAAGGAAGCAAUGGUACAGAUGCGAAGAUGCUUGGAUAACGGAGGUUGAUGAGGCAACAGUCAGAGCUUCACAAUGUUAUAUGAUCUUCUAUGUGCAAAAGACUUUGUACAAUAAAGCAAAUGAAGAUCCGAGUCACCCUCCGAAUUCGGCUGAAAGAGAGUUAUUUAUUCCUAUUGCUGGCUGUUGCUAGAGAGAGGAUAUUAAAUAGAGUAGUAAAUGGCAUCAAAUGGAAGAGAGCACUUAAGGCGAAUUCAAACACGGUAAGAGAACACUUUCUCUUUGAUUCUCGCAUGACUUUGGAGAAUCAGAGUUUGAAGUUGACAAGACUGAUUUACACUAUGCGUAUUGAAACUUUGAACCGCUACAAGGUGGAUAUCGAAAUGAAUAGCGAGGUUGCUAACUUGACCUUAAAUUGAAUAUAUGCAUGUGGAUUUGUCAACCAUAUUGAAACAAAGAUCAAUGAGCCAGAAGAAAGCAACAUAAACUCUUCUACAACUCCCUAAUUAUGCUUAAUCCAAUUCUUUAAUUGCAUGUUAGUCAUGUACAUAACUCUCAUUUUAACAAUGAUGAUAAUAAGAGUUGUUCUUGUUCAACAACCAAUGUUACACUUUUGCCUCCACUAAGGGAAGUACAUGGAAAAAAAAUGAAGAAAAAUGAAGGGCCAAAAAGGGUUAUGUUGUGGAUGGUUGUUUCUAAUUUUUGUGUGAAGGACCUUGUAUUACUCUUGACCCUGUGCCCAAAAUUUUUGUAUCAUGUCUUCCUUUUACCUUGAGAGUGUGGAAUUGUGAAGGAGGUUGCUUCAUUGGGGAACAAUAAGCAAGGGUAUUGUUAAAGACAUGUUUGUUCAUUUAAAGGUGAUGUGUGAGGAAUAGUAUGGAUCUAACUUAAAGGUAUGGUUGGUUGUGUGAAAAAUACUGUUGUUGUUGUUGCUUGCUGCAGCUAUUUGAUUUAUAUGUUAUAUUGAAGUUAAAGAAAUUAGGUUAUUGAUAAUAGUAUGCUUAUAGUUUACACUUCUAGACAUUCAAAAGUGAAGGAAAUAGUGAUUCAAAUGGAUUAUUUCAUAAAAGAUAUCUUACUUUAUCA